GCUGAGCUGAAGCGGCUGAUGCAGGACCUUGCGGACGAGCCGGCGGUGGCGAUCCGCAAGAACCUUGUGUGGUUUGCGCGGAAGUUCGCGAUCCAGCAGCGGGAGAUCGUGCUGGAGAUGACGGCGGUGGUCGUGCAUGAGGGCGACCGGGUGAUCAGCUCGGUGCUUGCGGGUCCGCAUGAGCGGAUUAUCGAUCCGGACCUGUACGAGAUAUGGAAUGAUAUGCGGUGGCGCGGCAUCGUCAAGGCACGACAUCUCGUCCUCGCUAUACACGACUACUACACCCAGCGGCUGGACGACCAGCGGCGCGCGGUCGCGCAGGGCGCAACACCACAACGCCCUGUUGGCGAAAGCGAUGUGUGGGCGCUGGAGUGCCUCGACCUCAUGCAUCUGCAGCAGAUUGUCGAGGCGUUCGACGCGGACGCAUCGGGCUUCAUCACUACUCAGGAAGUCAACUAUUUCACCACGUCGCGUCCGCAGGGGUGGAGUUUGCUACAUUGGCUGGCCUACUGGGCGGUCGGGUGGCAGGUCGUGAUGACCGAGUACAGGAGCAAGAUCUACGCCCUUCUCAAUCACAUGAAGGGCUUCCGCACGUCUGUGCGCGGGCGUGGGCCGGCCGUGGAGAAGUACCUCGACAAGGUCGUGCCGCUUGUGAAGGCGAUGACGAGGCCGUUCCGCGAGGAUCCGGAGCACCGUUUCUUGCUGGACCGCUUCCGGGGGUAUGCGGCGCAGGAGGAGCAGCGGCUGCGUGAGGGGCUGGAGACGGCGAAGUAUGAUCUGGAUGCGCUGGAUACGCUGGCGCUCAUCAAUGGGCCAAGGGGGUUGGAGAGGAAUUUGUUCGUGAUCCUGUAUCUUCUUUUGCGCCGACACUACGACGUCAUGUCCGUCGGAAAGAAAGUCAUUCUUCACCCCGAGGAGCUCUCGGACGCAGCGAGCGCGAUAGAGCUCGUAAAGGACGCGUUCGUUUACCGUGGUCAGGAUCUAACAGGGCUGUUUACCCAGCGACGUCUGCAGGUAUAUCUCGAACUAAGUGACUUCGCUUGCGGAAUGCUGUCGGGAUCGUGGGGAAGGGUAGAGGACUACGACUCCGAUACCGACACCUUGGUCGGAACGUCAGACGACCUUGAUCUAGAAGCCACGGGAUGUGGUCCGCCGGAAGCGAUGCUAAAGUAUCCCCCGCAUUCUGAGGUGUUUUAUCCGGAGAACGAGGACGGCGUUGACACCGAGGGCAUCGAGCUCGCUGAGGAACUGAAACCACUCCUCGGGCACUGGGCUGGGGUGCACACGUCCGAGACUGGCGGAACAGUAUCCCGACACACGUUCUCCUUCGACUUCCACGCAUUCCCUACCGAUCCUCAACAGGUUGUCGCUGCCCCUCUCCCCAGCAUACCGUGGAUGUGCACUCGUGCGACUCUGACGGGCACGUUCACCGGGCUUGAUAAGGACGGCUAUCGGACGUACGUCAUCUCGGAGGCCUACAACACAAGCACGCUUCCAGCUGGAUACACUAAAGUGACGCUGAGCGAAGACGGGAGCACUCUCGUAGGCGAAAAGGACGUCGUGCUCUCUUUCACCACAUCCGGUCCCAAGCCUCGCGUCGUGAUCAGGAAGGGAUCCUCUCCGGACAUCAUGCAGUUCUACCCCCGACCGUCGGAACUUCGAGGCAACAAGGCCUCUGCGCUGUGGCGAUUUGCGAUCUCCGCUGUGCUAUACGACAUCCGCCGCCGCCGUUUCUCAUGGGGGUUCUUGAAGGAGCGUCGGGACCGGAAGCACCUCCUCGCGUCCCUCCUCCUCGCCGAGUCGCGCAACGGCUCGCUUCAUGCAGACGAUGUGGUGGAGCGGGUGCGGCUGGCGAACGCGACGACCCCGGCGGACCUGCACUACUUCGCGUACGCGAGCGUCGAGCCGGCCAGGUUCCCGUGGGUGCUUCCGUGGUGCGCGGAGUGCAAGCGGGUGCUGAGGACGGUGCAGCCAUGCCUGCGGUGUGCGCUAUGCGCGCUGCCUGGGGGGAUCGGUGGCUGCGCGACGCUGUGCGACCGCGUGGAAUGUCUGAGUGACCAUCGUGCCGGGUAUGGGGAACACCGUAUUUUGAAGACGAGAGAGGCUGGAUGGACGUUGGAUUCGUUCAAGAAGGACAAGGACGUGGAUGAGCGGAAGUUGAUGAGACUGUAUUCUCAGGCAGCCGCGGCGGUGGGUUUGCUCGGCGUGGACACGGAGAGGAUCAUAAGGCUGCCAUCGCCGCCAUCGCCGCCGGAGUACCGGCCCCGUUCGCUUCAGACCAUCACGGAGGUGACGGAGAAGUCUGGGGAGCUACAGAGAGGACGCCCAGGACCAGGACCUGUCGUCGUAGGCCUUCCUGCGUCGAACGAUGUUGUUGAUGGGGUCGUACCAAUGGAGAAUGUGCCACAAAGAGGCAGUCCUCGCGAGGCGGACCCGACGUACCCUCCAUUCCCUAUGGGUUUCCCAGCUGAGCCGACCUUCAGCCUGCGCGGCCCUGCGGUCCAAGAGCCUAGCCCAGAAGUCACCGCCGCGCCGAACGAGGACCCCCCUCCCAAACCACAAUGCAUCAACUGCGAAGAACCGAUCACCUCAACCACAUGGGUAUAUUGGGUAUGUGUGGAAUGCUCAGACCCGACGUACGUCUGUCUCAGGUGCGACGAGCGUGAGGGCGGGCUUUCUCUCGGGAUGCACAAGGCGAACCAUGUUCUACUCCGGAUCGGAACGACGUCAACCGGCCCAACCUCCCGUAGCCUCUCAAGGAUUCGGCAUAGAUACCUGUCUCCACCCCCUCCGGUAAUCGAUACCAUGCCAACCCCCCCUUUGCCUGGGCAGCGUGUCAGCGAGGCAAGGAUAGAGGGCAUAGAGGAUCGUCUCGGGAGCAUGGAGAGCCGGUUUGGGAGAAUCGAAGAGCGGAUGGAGGGGUUUGAGAAUCAGCUUUCUGCCGUGGACGGCCGCUUGGUGCGAAUUGAUAAUAUGCUGACCGCUGUUCUGUCUCUCUUGCACCGCAGUAGCUCGCCUUCUGAUUAGUUUUUUUUUUUUUUUCGAAUCCAU